AUGUGUGGAGCUGUAUUCCGACAGGCUCAUCAAAAUACGGGAAGUGCAGAUCUAAAACAAUCGCUACUCCUGAUAUCGUUUGACAUAGAACAGUUUCUUGUAAUCAUUAAUACUCUUGUUUGCAUAGGACAGUUUCAAGUAGUUCUUUUUUAUGUAAAUGAACUUUGUUUGCCGGAAUCAAAGCUCAUUGGUAAUGAUAGUGAGGAUUUAGCAGCUUCAUCGCACAUAAGGUAA